AUGGCGGUGUCAAAGCCUCAACCGCCGUCACUACCACCACCACCGCCGCCACCAGCAGCCGUGGAGGGUAAGCCCCACCCUACGAAUACCCGGCCACCUAUCUCCCUCCAACCAUCACAUAAUAAAAAGAACCACCCUUCAAAAUCUAAUCGGCUUUUCAGGCGCUUUCGAACAGUUUUCCGGUCAUUUCCAAUAAUAAACAUCCCGUCGUGCAAAAUGCCCGUCUCCCUACACGGUGGCCGGUCCAAUGACGGGCACAUUCAUGGAGGGACACGCAUGACAGGGACCCUUUUCGGGUUUCGUAAAGCUAGGGUGAACCUUGCCAUCCAAGAAAACUCUAGGUGUUUGCCUGUUCUUCUUCUUGAGCUUGCAAUUCCCACAGGGAAGCUUUUACAGGACAUGGGGAUGGGGCUUGUAAGGGUUGCACUUGAAUGUGAGAAGCACCCGAAUGAGAAGACCAAGAUUAUCGAUGAGCCCAUAUGGAGCUUGUAUUGCAAUGGGAGAAAAUCAGGGUAUGCUGUGAAGAGAGAGGCAACGGAUGAUGAUUUGAAUGUGAUGCAAAUGCUGCAUGCAGUGUCAAUGGGAGCUGGGGUUCUUCCAAGUGAAGUAACAUCGGAUCAACAAGAGAGUGGUGAUUUGAUGUACAUGAGAACGCAUUUUGAACGAGUUGUUGGAUCGAAAGACUCUGAGACAUACUAUAUGCUGAAUCCUGAUGGCAACAAUGGCCCUGAAUUGAGUAUCUUUUUUGUUAGAAUAUAAUA